ACCAAGUGGUCCCGUCGGUGACCGCACGCGCCCCCGUGACCCACACAACGAAGUACCGAACUGCAACACACGACGCAGAUGCUUUCCUGCGCGACUUAGAGGAUCUGUUUGCCAUUGACGACCCUGUGACUCAGCCUGCGAGUCUACCAGCGGCUAGUG